AUGGGCGGGAGCAAGGUCCGGGCGUGGCACGCCGGGUUGCUCCCCUGGGUGGUGUGCACAGCCCUCGCCCUAGUCUCGCAUGGAGCCAUUGGCUCGAGGUUGCUACACAGCAGCGGAUCUGUGCAGCUAGUUUGGGAGCAGGGCAGCCGAUUUCGACUGCAGCCCAGGCGCCUAGCUGAGGUAGAGGCAGCAGGGGAGGCUGGUGAGGGCUCAGCACAACGGGGGUUCAAGCACAUGGUGCUUGGAGGAGGCAUCAAUCGACUGGGGAUCCACGGCGAGGGACUUGGAUUCGCGCAUGCCCUGCUGGAGUCAGAUGCAGAGGUGAUGGCACUGGCAGCCGCCAUGAGGAGCGGCGAUGUUUACGCCGAGGGCCAUGGCUUGGAAAAGGCGGGGGACGAUGGAGAGAAGGAGGCGGAGUAUGACUCAGCGGGGUCGCCGGCGGCCGACGACGCGGCGCGCAAGUCGAACCGCCUCAAGAAGGUAGCGGAGAAGCUGGCGGAAGCCGCGCGCAGCCGGGACGGCCCGGCCGGGGACGGCGAGGCGGAGGGAACAUCGGCCGCAGACGCCGAGGAGCCUAGUCAGGCGGCUGCUCCUGAUCGAGUGCCGGCAGCAGCGGCAGCUGCCGGGAAGGAGCAGCCGGCGGGCCGGGAAGCCGAUGCGCUGCCGCCAUGGUUCUCGCGAAAGACGGCGUCGACGGUGGUGGAAGCUGCAAAGAAGCCAGCCGAGCACUCGCACGGUGCCGGGCGACACAUCAACCGCCGCUCGCGCCACAACAGUGUGGAGGACAGUUGGCUUCAGGUUCACCAGCGAUACCUGAAGGAAGUGACAGGCGCCGAAGACCGGGGAGGAUGGGAUGUGUUGUUUUAUGGGGACAGCAUUGUCGAGGAGUGGCGGGGGACGUUCUUGGGGGCACCUUGGGGUCCAUUUCACGAUGUUAGGAAGGUGUGGGACGAGUUUUUUGGGCGCAAGCCCUACACCGCGCACAGCAUGGGCAUAGCCAGUGAUGGGGUGGAGCAUCUGAGCUGGCGAUUGCAGCAUGGGGAGCUGCCCACAGACAGACAGCACCACCCAAAAGUGCUUGUCCUCCAUGUGGGCACAAAUGACAUUGUGGGGGAGUGCACAAACGAGCUGGGGGCCAAGGUGGCUUCAGGAAUUGAGGACAUGCUCACAGACCUGCACAUCCGAUUGCCAGCCACCCACCUUGUAAUCAUGGCAAUUCUCCCAAAGGGAGAGGUGUGGCCCAAUCGCUGCUCAGGGGCAAUUGACACAGCCAAUGAGGCGCUGCGGAGCCUAGCGCAGUCCAGGAAGGAUCACCUGCACUACAUCGAUGCUGGCCAGGCGUUCCUGUCGGAGAGCCUCGACAAGAACAAGUUUGAAAUCAAGGAGAUGCUGAUGCCGGACAGCAUGCACCCCAGCGCGGUCGGCAUGCGCAUAAUUGCCAACCGGCUGGAACCAUUAGUCAGCCAGCUGGUGGCAACCCCUCUGCAGACCGGUCCCGAGUCUGAGCGACAAUGA